AUGGUUCAGCAAGACAUUGUAGAAACUACAGUGAUAAAAGAGCAAGAAACCGAGUCCUGGCAAGAACGGUUUCUGUAUUUAAAACACAACGAUUACCAUGUGUCUACGGGAAUUGCAGGCAUCUUGACAGUGCCGACAUCGCUUAAAUUCGAAUCCGUGGCAGAAAAAACGGUCCAGGACGCACAAUAUGGGUUCCCACUGCACAAACUAGUGCUUUUAUGUCACGGCCACUCAGCGCACAAGAACACGGUGUACAUGCCGCUUCUGGCACGCAAACUCGCAGAUAUGGGCUACUACGUGCUUCGCAUCGAUUUCCGCAGCAUGGGCGACUCAGAGCCCAACAGAGACGCAACGGUGGGACGCACAAUCGCCCAGGACUGCGAGGACAUCGAAACAGUGUACCAGUGGGCUGCGUCGCAGCAAUGCAGACAACUGGUGGGCCACACACUGGUGCUCGACACAAUCGUGGCACACUCGCGAGGGGUGAUGUCGAUGUUCGAGUUUGCACGGUCCAGAUUCGUGCCCAAUCUGGUGAACGCAUGCGGACGUUUCGUGGCCCACGGGCUCUUCGAGAAGUCAUUACGCCGCAAUCCGAACUGGGACCGCGACGGCGGCUUUUGGUGCACCAUCUUGCGGUACGGGAAGAUGCGGGAGGUGUGGAUCCCCAAGGCCGAGACAAUGAGCGCUGCAACGGUAGAUACCAGCAAGUUUGCAGAAAUCAAUGCCAGAUCGUCAGUGCUGUCGAUUUACGGGUCCAACGACACAGUCAUCCCGCUCACCGCCUUGGCACAGUAUUCUAACUUGUUCGAGGGUAGACACACCGCAGAACUAGUCAUGUACGCAGACCAUAAUUUUUACGGCUUACCUGGCGACAAAAACGCCAACAACCUGCCCCUACGCAAGGGACUGGUCAAUUACAACGUUACCACCGUGGAUCGUAUAGCAUCUUUCCUUGCACCCGAGCAACAACUGCAAAGGUUCUACAAAGCCACGCUGUCGAUUACAGAUUCGUGGAAUUCAUCGCGAACUUUUGCCCGUUGGUGCUUGCCAUACGAAUUCUCUCACGUCUCGAACUUUCGCGAUGUUGGGGGCCAUAAAACUUGUGACGGGCGUCGAGUCAAGCCCCGCGUUCUAUUUAGAUGCGCCAACCCUGUAGAUAUCACAGAAGAAGGCUUCUGCUAUUUGACAGAAGAGCUGAAAGUGUCGCAAGUCUUUGACUUACGGUCUGCAAAGGAGGUUAAAGAACCCGGAGCCAUCACUGGCGUUCCUGUGAUAAACUUGCCUUUCAAUAAUCAACAAAGUGCAGCUCCACAGAACAUGUCUUCGGUUUACAGAGGAAUGUUUUUGUCUCCAUACACCUUUCCUCAGGCAUAUAUGGUAAUGCUUCAAAACAGUACGGCAGCGAUAGCACAAUUUUUCCGUUACAUCGUUGAGGGCCGGUGUAACCGCUCGCAUGCUGCUGUGAUACAUUGUGCUGGAGGUAAAGAUCGCACUGGGAUUUUGACAAUGCUUGUGCUGGGUCUACUUGGGGUCGAUGACGACACAAUCGCCCGCGACUACGAGUUGACAACAAUUGGACUAAAAACAGCACACAAAUUGUUAAAAGCAUUGGAGGACCGCGGAGAUGCAUACUACGAGCUUUUGAACUCUGAGAAACUAGCAAAAGAAUUCCAAGCGACCCCUGAGUCAAUGUGUCGCACCGUUAUUUCGUCGAAAUACGAGGCUAUGCGAUUAUUCUUGGAUCAGUUCAGGGCCAAUUACGGCUCGUUUGAGCAAUACUUUUUGGCUACGAUUAAACUGUCCGCACAGGACCUCAGCGAUUUGAAAAAUGCGUUAUUGGAGUGA